ACUAACUAUUAACAAAAACAUGGAGGGGGACUUUAAUUCGCCAACAUACCUAAUUAAAAUUGCUGAGACAUGUCCUGAAAAAAGUUUAAGCUAUUUAAAAGAUUCUUUAAUUUCAUCUAACUUAACUGUAAUUGAUGAAAAAAUUUCUGGUAACAGAAUCUUAUCUGUACAAUGCUCAUUUUCUAAUCUUUGUAUUCAGGCUGAGAAUUUAGAACUUCUUAAAGACGUUAAUAGUCCAGAAAAGGUUAGAGAAUUUAAUCAAAAAGACUUGCUUUCAUUUAAGUUUGACUCAAAACAAACUUUCUUUACAUCUGCAGAACAGCUGUUUCUGUUGGAAAACAUAUUGCAUAAUGUCAAAUUUUCAAAGGACGAGUUUUUAAGAAAUGGUUUAAAAAGCUUUGGUGCAAGCGAUUCUAUUCUAACAGGAUGUUUGCAUUCCAACCCAUGUAUCAUUGAGAGCUACACACCAAUGCACCAGCAAGACGAACUAAAAAAGUUAUGGGGAAAGGUUUUAAAAAAUCCUUUCAUAAUUCCAGUAAAUGAUUUAAGAGAUUAUUAUGGGGAAGAUGUUGCUUAUUAUUUUGCUUGGAUGAGCUUUCUAACCUGGUCUUUAAUACCAAUAGCUGUUAUUGGUAUAUUAAUUUUUCUUCAUCAACCAAAUGAAUCAGCAGAUGAUAGCCAUUAUUUGCCAUUUUAUGCUCUUGGAAUGGCUUUGUGGACAAUAAUUUAUACCAAACUGUGGAAAAGAAAUGAAAAUGUACUUGCACUUUUAUGGAAAACGACUGAUGUUGAAAAAGUUGAUAUGAUUCGACCAGAAUUUUUUGGUGUAACUAGACCAAGUCCUAUAACAGGAAUAAAUGAAAAAUACUUUCCUGCAUGGAAAAGACGAUUUCGCUAUUUACUGAGUUUCCUGAUAUCUAUACCUUUUCUUUUGCUAGGAAUUGGAGCUAUGAUUAUUUCUUUAAAUCUAAAUGGUUAUAUUAGUGACGAUAACAGUCCAAUACACAUACAUGAGCUAGGCCACUAUGCAGACCCUGGUAAUAUAUUUGCAAACGACAAUAAAUACUAUGGUUGGCUAAUACCUACAAUUGCUCAUUCAAUUGUUAUCAAUAUUUUAAACAAACUUUAUCGAACAGUUGCUAGUUACUGCACUGAUUUUGAAAAUCAUAAGACAGAACAACAACAUAACGAUUCAUUAAUUGCAAAGCGUUUGUUGUUUGAAUUGUUUGAUUGUUACUUACCAUUAUUCUACAUUGCAUUUUAUCAACUGGAUAUUGUGUCCCUUAAACGAGAACUUAUUGGAUUAUUUUGGGGAGAUGAAAUUCGCAGGUUGGUGACAGAAUCAAUAAUACCCUAUGUAUUAGAAAAAAUAACUGCACGUCGUCGUCUUGCAAAAAGUGCAUUGAUCAAAAAAAAUGAAGAUAUUAAAUUUAAUGACAGCGAAAUACUUGAAAAUUUAGAGCUUGAUGAAUAUGAACCUUUUGAUGAUUACAUAGAAAUGGUCACUCAAUAUGGUUAUGUGACUCUUUUUGCAUCCGCAUUUCCAUUAUGCUCUAUUAUCACGGUUCUGUUUUUGUUUAUUGAAGCACGCUCAGAUAUGUUUAAAAUUAUGUUUUUAUGCCGAAGACCUCAUGUUCGCAGAGCAAGGAAUAUUGGAGUUUGGUAUAAAGUACUCACUUUAAUGACGUUAGUAUCAAUGUUAACAAACUGUUUCCUGUUUGGAUUUGCUAGCGAACAAUUGGCCGAGUGGGUACCAGAUAUGUAUGAAACACGUGAUGAUGGUGAUCGGUGGAUAAAGCUUGGAAGUGGAAGGUACAUUGUCGGAUUGGUAUUUGUUGCAGAACAUAUACUCAUUUUAUGCCUCGUUUUGUCUCAUUAUCUAAUUUCUGAUGUUCCAAUAGCUGUUAAAAAUGAACUUGCAAGGCGAGAGUAUGUUAAAAAGCAAGAAUUUAAAUCUUUAAAGGAAAGAAAGAAAUCAUUAGAAUAAUUACUUGUUGCUGUUGUUUACAUUAGUAUUCUAUAUUAUAUAAUAGUGGUGGCAUACUUAUUUUGUAUAAUCAGUAACUUAGUAAUGAAUAAGUCUGUAAUUUGUCCAACUGCUUCACACAUGUUUUAUAGGUUCAGUUCUUAAAACUCAAAAACAUUUUUUACUUUUUAAACUAAUAAAGAAAGUUAACAUUCAUAACAAUUUUGUUUAAAUUUUUUUGACAAAGCUUAGCUUGCUGUUUACUAAAAUCGUUAAUUGGUUGCGUAACUGUUUGUUUCUCGUGUUUAAGGUUUCUAUUUUUAUAUUAAAUAUUUUUUUACGCAUUAUGAAUAUCUUUAUAUUUUUGAUAUUUUUUUAAUUCAACACAUUUUUAUUACCUUGUUAUAUUUUUAUACAUCGUAUAUAGUAAAAAACACAAAUUACUUAUUUGCUAUAUUACUGUAUUGUUUUACAAUUAUUUUCACCAUUAUUUUG